GGGAGUAGGGAGAGAGUGGGGAGAGAGAGAGCCGGGAGAGAGUCGGGGGAAACUUUAUCGUGGGACUUAUUUCCGUCUCCCUCCACGCUUAGGGCGAUGAUGGACGGAGGUGGACAAGACGCGGAGAAGCGAGAAGGCCAGGCGGCCGGAGUCCUGGGCGGGACGAUAGCGGCGGCGCGGGCGCCAGCGGAGCUCGCAGAGCCUGCGGAGACGGUGGGGAAAACGCUGUCGGACACGGGGCGCUUCUCCUACGCAGCGCUCUGCGCCAUCUCCCUCGCGUCGCUCUUGCCCACCGACAACCACAGCGAGUUCCGUAAGCGGUUCACGACGUCGCUCACCGAGUGGCUGGGCCUGCCCGCGACGGUGCUGCCCAUCAUGGAGGCGUUCGCCGAGGGCACGGGCGGCGAGGGCUCCGACUCGUUCGUCGAUCUGAUCGCUCGGGAGCUGGGACCGCGGUCGGAGAAGAGCGACGGGUUCAUGCCGCUCGUUCAGGACCUUGUCAUGUUUGCGCUGAAGGACGGCUGUUAUGACGCCCGGGCGCACGUCUUGGUGCGUCACAUCGCCUGGCUACUCCGUGUCCAGCCCGAGGAUCUGGAGGACUUUGAGGACACUGUCGUCUCAAGCCUCAACUCCACGCCAAACGAGGAGACGCCGGCAGAGCUGGAAGCUCGGAAGAAAGCCGAGAGGAAGAGGAAGAUCAAGAGGUACCUCCUCAUCGGGCUCGCCACCACGGUGGGAGGGACCCUGCUGGGAGUGACGGGGGGACUGGCGGCCCCGUUCGUGGCCGCAGGUGCCGGCGCGGUCAUCGGCGGCGCCGGCGCCGCUGUUCUCGGCUCCACUGCCGGCAUCGCCGUCAUGACCUCGCUGUUCGGCGCGGCCGGCGCUGGCCUCACCGGGUACAAGAUGAAGAAGCGCGUGGGGCAGGUGGAGGAGUUUGAGUUCGUGACCCUCACCGAGGGGCGCAAGUUGGACGUCACCAUCGCCAUCACGGGCUGGCUCUCCUCCGGCAAAUACGGGAGCUUUGAGACCCCCUGGCGGUCCCUGCACCACAGCCGUGAGCAGUACUGCCUCGUGUGGGAGUCCCAGUACCUGCGAGCGCUGGGCCGUGCCAUCGACUCCAUCAUCAACGGGCUGCUCAGCAUGGCGGCGCAGGAGGCCCUCAAGCUCACCGUGCUGUCCGGCAUCCUGGCCGCACUCGCGUGGCCGUCGUCGCUCCUCCUCGCCGCCAACAUCAUCGACAACCCGUGGGACGUGUGCCUGAACCGCGCCGCCGAGACGGGCAAGCAGCUGGCGCGCGUGCUGCUCUCGCGCCAGCAGGGCAAGCGGCCCGUGACUCUCAUCGGCUUCAGCCUGGGGGCGCGCGUCAUCUUCUACUGCCUCGAGGAGAUGGCCAAGGAGAAGGGCUGCGAGGGCAUCGUUGAGGACGCGGUGCUGCUGGGAGCGCCGGUGCAGAGCUCGGCCAAGCGGUGGGACCCCAUCGCUCGAGUCGUCUCGGGCCGCAUCACCAACGGAUACUGCAGGGGCGACUGGCUGCUCAAGUUUCUCUACCGAAGCUCCUCGGUGCAGCUGAACGUCGCCGGCCUGCAGCCAGUGUGCACGGACAGCCGCCAGAUCAACAACGUGGAUCUCUCCGCAGUGGUGAACGGCCACAUGGACUACAUGAAGGAGAUGGAGACCGUCCUGCGAGCCGUGGGCAUUCGCACCCGCGGGGAGGCCGUGGUGACGGCACAGUCGCUCGGCGGAUUGGUGGCAUCUGGCUGCUUGGACCAGCCCCCCCCAGACGAGCCCCCCACAGACGAGCCCCCCGCAGAACAGCCCCCCACAGACCAGCCCCUCACUGACCAGCCCCCCACAGACCAACCUUCCACUGACCAGCCUCCCACAGACCAGCUCCCUUCAGACCAACCUUCCACUGACCAGCCCCCCACAGACCAGCCCCCUACGGACCAGCCCCCCACAGACCAGCCCCCCACUGACCAGCCCCCCGCAGUUGAGGCCUCCUCGGACGCCCCACCGCCUUCUUCGCUCGCCAGUGACAAGAGGGAACCUCGAGCGACGCUCGCGACCGACGGCCGCGACGCCGACCGCGAGGACGCCGGCGGUCGCUCAGCGGCGGCGGCGGCCGAGGAUCGUGGAGCGGCGAGCAACGGAGGGCCGCCGCCUGCGGGACAGCCGCCGGACGAGCAAGCCGUGCGCGUCACAGAGACAGACGCCGACGAGAUGGGGACGGGAACGACUGGAGCGGCGCUCGCGACCUCCGGCGGCGGUUGCGGGAGCGGCCGAUGGUCAGGAGGCGACGACGGGGGCGAGGCAAGCGGCGGAGGGACGUCCUGGGGGGCGGCGCGUGCGACGGCGAGCGGCCAAGCGGAACGCGCCGGGAGGAUGGGCCCGGGCAGCUCCUUGGACGCGCCGGACAUCCUCGGCGCCUUCGACGCGACGCAUUUUGGCGUCGCUUCAGGGGAAAGGGCUCCAGAGACGACGCCGGUGGCGGCGGCGGCUGCGGUCGAAGUGACGGACUGCGGCUCCGGUGAGCAGAGAGUGAAAAUGGCUCGUGGCGACACAGAUGAGAACUUCAAUAAAUCCGACUGAGCACAGCCGGUGAUGCCGCCGCUUCCGCUGCUGCUGUUGCCUGCGGCGUCUGAAGGUUGCAAUUGGCAAGGUAAGCAGGCGUGAGCCUGUAGGAAGCCGUCGUGCGUGUGGGUGCCUGUGCGAGUGGAUUUGACGUGCGUAGGCGUUGGAUGAGUUCGAGUCGCGGGGAAACAUGCUUUGUGGGCUCACCGUUUUUAUUUUAGAGAUCAUGGCGCGAGGGUUCGGUGUCGGGUAGUGCUACUACUGUUAUUUUAAUGGCGCCACCCAUGUGCCAAGUCGGUGCCACAGAGGUGGGGGGGGGGGGGCGACAUCAGAAACAACAAAUCUGGUUUAUAGCUUCACGGUGUGUCUCUAAAACUGUCGAGAGCUUUAGAUUAACAAGGAAGAGUAAUUUCUCUACCUAUGUUGAAUUUUUUUUCGCACCAGUACGCAGCCAACCAUGCUGUUUAUAACAGGUGCAUGUAAAUAUUCCUGAAGCUCAGACUCAGAAUUAGGAUAUUUAUUUAUACUGGAGGAAUCCGAUGAGCUAUGCAGCUCUUUUUCACAGAUGUCCGGUAGGAGCACGGCUCUCCGACAAACAAUACAAAAACAUGAUAGUAGUGCCAAAUUACCGGAGAGGCAAAUAAAUCGCUGAAACAUCCCCAUCCUGCCAGGCAAAGCUCACCGGGGCAUUAACUUUCUUUCCAGAAGCGACCUGGCCACAAUUGAUAGCUCGACAAAGUGGCCUUAACACGUUCCUUCGGAGUGGGCAGGUAGGAACUUGGUUGGACAGCGCAUUCGUGAGAUCCGUGUCACGCGGCGCGUCACGUGGUGCUGAGCCCGCCCGAAGCGCGCUAUGACAUACAAAUCGAGGGCGUGGCAAUGCACGACAGACAGACAAAUAAUCCCUGGUGGGCAGUGUGGAACUGUUGUUCCUACCUGUACCAUCAUGUGGGCAUUUUCCAGAAGCGACCUGGCCACAAUUGAUAGCUCAACAAAGUGGCCUUAUUAUCAUGUGGGCAUUUAUAGCGGCGAAAUAGUCGAAAUAACCUCAACGCACGAGCCCCUUUGCGUCCGACGCGACCUCCAUCGCCGGGCUCUGAAUUAAUCUCGGGGGCCGGGGGCAGCUGGCGCUGAGGGCGAGAGCGCCGUGCCUACGAGCUUGUGGUGGUGGUCGUUUUUGGGGUAUUCUUGCACUUUGUAAUUUGAGGGGCUUAAAAAAAAGAUUCCUUCACCCCCCCCCCCCAUCAUUAUGGACUCUGAAAGAGGUGGGGGGGGUUAUCUUCGUCCUUUGCUUCUCUUACGUCCGUCUUGAAUUGUCUGCACUUUUGUCUUAUUAAAAGGAACUAAAUAACGUUUUUGUUUUACUAGGUAUAUAGAUUUUUUCUCCAGAAGCAACCUGGCCACAAAUGAUAGCUCAACGGAACGCAUGAUUCUAAAUGCGGGGAGAGAGGCACAUGCAAACUCCAAAUAUACAGGCGUCACAGUCGGGAUCGAGCCCACGACUUUCUGUAUACCAGGCGAGAUAGUUAACAUCUCGCCACCGUGGCGCCCGUUAAAUAACUGGCUUCUAAAAAAAUUGGGUUUCUCCCCAAGUUAUAAUAAUAACAAUUAAUUGCGUUCAUAAAGCGCCUUCUGCAAGUUACUCAGGGUACUGUUGUUCUUAGCAAUAAAUAAGUCGUAUAUAAACACUGGACAGGGCGUUCAUAGCCGGCGGGCGGGGGGGGGGGGAGC